AUGGCGAGCGUGACGGCCUUUGAGGAGAUGAUCGAGCCGUACCGGCUGAAGGAGGACGACAUGGAGCAGGAGGCGGCCGAGAGGCUGAAGGCCGAGGAGCCCUGGAGGAUCACCGACAACGAGCUGGAGCUGUACAGAGCCAAGUCGAACCGCCAGAUAAGACUGAACGAGCUGCUGAAGGAGCACUCGAGCACCGCCAACCUCAUCGUCAUGAGCAUGCCCCUGGCCAGGAAGGGCACAGUGUCCAGCGCCCUCUACAUGUCCUGGCUGGACACCCUGUCCCGGGACCUGCCCCCCAUCCUGCUGGUGCGGGGGAACCACCAGAGCGUCCUCACCUUCUACUCUUAAGCUCCGCCCCCUCCCACCCCCCCAA